CUCCCGGUCCCUGUGCCGCCGUGGCUCCCGGUUCUGCCGCACUCUCGGUAUCAGUGUCCAUAUCCAGCCGCGGCGGCAGCGUCUGAACUGCAGCGACCAUGAAAUACUGUUGCCAGACUGAAUGGAGGAACUGAGGACAUACUUCAUCAGGCAGUCUGCAGAUUAAAUGUAUGCAGAGUGAGAGAACAGGGAGAUUCAGUUUUAGAAGUGUGUGAAGGCUGUUACCACUUAGAAUACUCGAACUAGACACCAGGGGCCGGUUCUCUCCUCAGGUUAGCUCAAGAUGGCAGACCAGAGGCAACGCUCGCUCUCUACCUCUGGGGAAUCCCUAUACCACGUGCUGGGGCUGGACAAAAAUGCCACUUCAGAUGAUAUCAAAAAGUCUUACAGGAAACUGGCAUUGAAAUAUCAUCCUGAUAAAAACCCUGAUAACCCAGAGGCGGCGGAAAAAUUUAAAGAGAUCAAUAAUGCCCACGCAAUAUUGACCGAUGCCACAAAGAGGAACAUUUACGAUAAGUAUGGGUCUCUGGGGCUCUAUGUAGCAGAGCAGUUUGGUGAAGAGAAUGUGAACACAUACUUCGUGCUGUCCAGCUGGUGGGCAAAGGCCUUGUUUGUGUUCUGUGGGCUCAUCACAGCCUGCUACUGCUGCUGCUGUCUGUGCUGCUGCUGUAAUUGUUGCUGUGGGAAGUGUAAACCGAAACCUCCCGAAGGCGAAGAGCAGGAAUACUAUGUCUCUCCAGAGGACUUGGAGGCACAGUUGCAGUCAGAUGAAAGGGAGGCCUCAGACGCACCUAUUGUGAUACAGCCAGCAUCAGCCACAGAGACAACCCAGCUCACAGCUGACUCUCACCCCAGCUACCACACUGAUGGAUUUAAUUAAGUUAAGGAAACACUGUCAUUAGAAUGGAUAAAAAAAAAAAAAUAAAUACAUGGCCAACUCAACACUAGAAUCAUGAACAUUAGAAGUAGAGAAUGGGGAGGGGGAAUAAUUCUGCCACAGUAAGAAGGCAGCUUUCCAACCUGCCGAAAAUAUUUUGUAAUCCCUUCAGCCUUUUGUCACCUUUCAGUGUCGUAUCUCGAUGAUACGUGAAGUGCUGUAGCAUGCAGUAUUUAAAGCAGUUUAGCUACGGUCUUAUUUGUUUUCCUUUCUUUUGGUUUUUAUUUUCCCUGUUUUUUUUUUUUUUUGUAUAGCAUGUAAGGAGUUAUGUUCGAUGUCUGUGGUGUAAAGUAUUGAGUUGUCACAAUAUCAGUGCGAUGGAGACAUUCUGCAUUUUAAGCAGCAGUACUGGCCUAAAAAUUAGGUUCAAAAACCGUCACAGAAGUCACUGUUCUUCUGUACAGCUGAGCUCUCAAAGACCUUUAAAAGUUGAGGAUUUUCAUUUGAGUGCAACAAACCGAGUCUUUCAUUCCUCCUAUUCCUGCGUUUUUAUCUAAGCAAGUUUACAAAGCCAAGAACCAAAAAAUGCCAGUCCUGCAGAGCUGGAGUCCUCUCUAAUGCUGGUUUUCAGCUUAAAUAAAUCUACCUUGAAACAUAAAAA